AUGGACGACGAGAGCCAAACAGGUAACUUGAGGAGAAGAGCUCGACAGGUCAACGGGGAAGACGUCGACCGGCCAACGAAUAGACGUCGUCAAAAUGAACUUCAAACCGACGGCGUACAAGCUGGUGAUCACGUCGAACCCCUUCCCCUUGAACUAAGCUUGGGCUCAACAUCACACUCCUCUCAGAUCCCGCCUAUGACCACGUCGUCGCUUCCUCUAGCACCACCAUCACCUUUUGCUCUUCCUCUGACGGCGUCGUCGCUUCCUCUAGCACCAGCAUCGCCUUUUGCUCCGCCUAUGACGACGUGGCAGACACCUGGUUCUAUAGCGCAGUACUUUGCUUCGUCACAGUCUCAUUAUAUGACGUAUCCGCCCUAUUUGAGCAAUUCUAUCUACCAGAUAAGACCGUCAACACCGAUGCAGCCACCGUUCGGACAGUCGUUUAACGUCUUCCCAUCGUCAUCUUUCACCUCUCCGACAAGACCAGUCAUGAGACCAGCAGCUUCCGGGGCUGUGUCACGUCGUAGCUACAGAUCGCAGUCCAGCGUUAACCGUAAAGACGAUACGAUCCCGCCGCCGUUUCCAUGGGCGACGAAUAAACGAGGGUGGAUACAAAGCUUAGAGAAUCUCGCGUCGAAACAGAUCACCACCAUCACCGGAGAGGUGCAAUGCAAACACUGCGAGAAAGUGUAUCAGGUGAGUUACAACCUGAGGGAGAAGUUCUCGGAGGUUGAGAAUAUUUUCGUAAUGGGCAAAUGGAUUAUGAGAGAACGUGCUCCUGCGAUAUGGACAAAUCCAGAACCGGCGAGAUGCGAUCUCUGUGGCCGUGACAAGGCGGUGAAGCCGGUGAUAGCUGAACGGAAGUGUCAGAUUAAUUGGUUGUUUUUGCUUUUGGGACAAACGUUAGGUUUUUGUACGUUGGAGCAGCUCAAGAAUUUUUGUAAGCAUUCAAAGAGUCACCGGACCGGAGCUAAGAACCGUGUGCUUUAUUUGACGUACCUUGGUCUUUGCAAGAUGCUCGAGCCUAACCGUGAGCUCUUUCAACGUGAAACCGCUAGGCGGUGAGUAAGAUCGUUUGAAGAUCUUAUCAAACAAAAAAAGAUCGUUUGAAGAUAUUUGCUAGGGGUUUUAGAUGAUUUGGAUGGUUGCAUUUAGGUGGGUUUUAUUUGAAUAAUUGGGGUGAAAAAAAUGCAUAUGUUCUUCUAAUCCCUUUUGUCGU